CUCAGUCCUCUUCCAUCGCCAUUCCCUCCCCUUCUCUGCCACUUUUUUGCUUUAAUUGUAGUUGUGAAGAACUCUCUACUCCUAACCUCCUCCUCCCCUCCCCUCCCCAUCAGAGGGAACUGAUCUGUCACAGAGUUCUGAGCCCCCAAAAGAAAAAGAAAACCAUGUCUUCCCCAAGCAAACGCCGAGAGAUGGACCUGAUGAAGCUGAUGAUGAGCGAUUACAAGGUGGAGAUGAUUAACGAUGGCAUGCAAGAGUUUUAUGUAGAUUUUCAUGGACCUAAUGAAAGCCCUUACCAUGGAGGUGUCUGGAGGAUUAGGGUGGAGUUACCAGAUGCUUAUCCUUAUAAGUCACCAUCAAUUGGUUUUGUUAACAAGAUAUACCACCCAAACGUCGAUGAAAUGUCGGGCUCAGUUUGCUUGGACGUGAUCAAUCAGACCUGGAGCCCCAUGUUUGAUCUGGUGAAUGUGUUUGAAGUGUUCCUUCCCCAACUUUUAUUAUACCCCAACCCAUCAGACCCAUUGAAUGGAGAGGCUGCUGCUCUGAUGAUGCGUGAUCGACCUACUUAUGAACAAAGAGUAAAAGAAUAUUGUGAGAAGUAUGCCAAACCUGAAGACAUUGGAGCCAAGGAGGAAAAAUCCAGUGAUGAGGAACUGAGUGAAGAUGAGUAUGACUCAAGUGAUGAGGCAGUGGCUGGCCAUGCUGAUCCAUAAUGCAUUGGUGCAUGAAGAUCCUAUUUAACUGUAUCUGUACAUUGACAUUAUAGCUCCAGGUAAAUAAAGCCCUAGGCUGCUGGUUUUAUUUAUUUGGGGGGUGAGGUGGUUGAGGUCCAGGUUUUUCCUGUUUAUUAGCUUCAUUGUAAAUAAACUUACUCAAGCUUCAUGGUGUAGUCCUUUCAUUGUUGGGAUGGUGA